AUGGAGGUGUCAAACUUCUACAGAAAUGCCUCAGAUCACAAUGUCAUGGUAUUUGACACUCAAGAGGAGGUCAGAAAUAGACAGAAAAGAUUCUUAUUUGAUAGGGGCUGGGUGAAGCUGGAUGGUAUAACUGAAGCAGUGGAACAGGGCUGGCAUGAAGAAGUGAAUGGCACAGAGAUGUUCAAAGUUCACCAGAGAGUAAAGAAUACAAGGAUGGCUCUAUUAGCAUGGCACAAGCCUUUGAACAGAAAUAAUGAGAAUAUUAUCCAAGUUCUUACAGUCAAAAUGGAGGUUAUGAGAGCAGAAAUGAGAGACAGGGAUUGGACUGAAUGGGGGGCUGUGAAACAUGAGCUGGAUUGUGCCCACAGAGAGGAGGAACUUUUUUGGAGACUAAAAUCAAAGGCACUGUGGCAAAAAAAUGGUGACAGUAAUACUCGUUUCUUCCAUGCAUACACUGCCCAGAGGAGGAGGAGAAACUUAAUUCAGAGUCUGGACACAGGAACAGGCCACAUAUGUGAAAAUGUGGAAGAUCUAAAAAACCACAUUGUGGACUUUUAUUCAGCACUAUUUAAAACAGAAGGAUCCGUGGGAGGAGAGGACCUGCUGCAACACAUCCCUGUUCAUGUGUGA